CGCUGAUAAACUCAACCCGCAAGACUUUGCGUCAGUUUAGACGGGUGGUGACAUGACAGAGAUGGUCGGCGCAGGAGCGUUUGUUUGGGUGUGGUAGAGGCGUGACACAACAGUCUGGAGUUGAUGAACUCCGGAGUGGAAUGCUCCAGAGUUGCAAUGCUUUCCUAGCAGACACUUGAUUGUGUUGUGCCAGCCUGGAGGAGCCCAACGCCUUGAUGAAGAUGGGUCUGAGCAUGGUCCUCAUCGGUCAUGUUAACUUCCUGUUGGGAGCGCUGGUGCACGGCGUGGUGCUCAGACACAUCAACCUCCACAUGCAGGCCCAGGCCAUGGAGUACGCCAUCACCAAUGUGGUCGCUCUAACGUCCGGUCUUGUAGGAAUUGUUGCUGGCAUUCUGGCUAUUAUCCUGUCUAAAAACAAGAAGAGUAGAGGCAUGAUGUGGUCACUGUUCACAGUCGGCCUGGCCGCCGCUCUCAUGGCAGCAGCUUCAGCCAUUGGACUCACCGUGUCUGUGGCGAGGGCCGUCAUUCACGGCAGGCAGAGCCUCCUGACUCACUGCCAAUUCCCCGAUGCCAUUGGCCACUUCAACAUCACCAACGAGUGUCCUUUUGACCCCACGCGUAUCUAUAGUACCACUCUGAUCCUUUGGGUGCCCCUUAUAGUGACUUGUGUCAUCCAGAUGGUGUUUUCCGCCCGGUGCUUUGCAGUAUGCAUUUCAUUCCUGGGUCUCUCUUCCUGCCCUAAUGGGAAGAUUGGCAGAGCGAUCAAUGUGGUGAGGCCAAAGGAGGACUGUGCGCCCUCUCACUACGCUGAACCUCCAAGACGCUAUGCUGAACCUCCAAGACGCUAUGCUGAACCUCCAAGACGCUAUGCUGAACCUCCAACACGCUAUGCUGAACCUUCAAGACGCUAUGCUGAACCUCCAACAUGCUAUGCUGAACCUCCAACACGCUAUGCUGAACCUCCAACACGCUAUGCUGAACCUCCAAGACAUCAGUGCCGACUUCCUCCCCCUCCAAAACAUCUUCCCCAGUGGUAUCGUAGUCUUCCUCCCUCGGAGAGGCAGCCUACUCACCAGGCGAGCAGAGAAAGGUCAGACAGAGAAGGGCAAGAAACAAGGGUUGGCAGCCAGCAAAGGGCACUGGAGCAACAUCAGCUGCUGGAGAGGGGAACGAUGGAAAGGUCCAGCUUCUGGAUUUAGUAGUUUUUGACAUGCCAGAGCUUCUUGAAGACCAAACACCGUGAGGGUAUAUACUCUAGUUCAAGCUGCAAUACAUCAUACUGAGCCCUAUUUUCCUGUCAGUACCUCCAAAUGAACUCAGAGCAGGAGAGGUUUAUGAUGCAGUGGACCCAAACUCAAACCCGAUGUAUGAAUUUUCAGACUCUUGUGUGCAGGAUUACGGUUAUGUGAGUGUGUCUGUUCUUUUAUUUUUGUACUUAUGGAAGUCAAGUGAUUCAUAUCAGGAUCCACAAAUAAGAAUCCUGCAGUGAGGAUUUGGUUGCAAGCCUUGCUUGAACAAUGUUUUAGUUAGCUCAGAGUUCAAACAAUAGGUAAACAUGUUGGGAAAUGCACUCAUGUCACUUUCUUGCAGAGAGUUAGAUGAGAGGAUCGAUACCACACACACGUCUGUAUAGAGCUGUAGUUAGGACAGAGACUUGAAGUCGUCUGGCUCUCCACAAUGAUAAAAACCCCAAGAAACAACUCUAAAGUUCAUUAAUCAACAUGUUGUGUUAUCUUGUUUAUUUAAUUCACAACUUAAACUUAAAACCAGAACUUGUCAUUUUGACACUUGGCUUCAUAUUUAGCGUACGGACAUGAGAGUAGUAUCACUAAUUCUUGGCAAGAAUACAAAUAAGCAUAUUUCCCAUAAUGUUGAACUAUUACUUUUAAUGUUGGGUUUUAUACACAUAAUGUAGGCAGGUACCGUGUGUGUGUGGGUGGGUGGAUGUGUGCGCCUUCCAUCGUGUGUGUGUGUGCGUGCUUUUUUUGUGCAGUUUGGUCAU